AUGUCGCCGCCCUUAAUAACACAUCUUUACACUGCGGAUCCUUCCGCCCACGUCUUUGACGGAAAGCUAUACAUCUACCCGUCGCAUGACCGUGAGACUGAUAUACAAUUCAACGACAAUGGCGACCAGUAUGACAUGGCCGACUACCACGUCUUCUCGCUCGACUCUCUCGACGCCUACGCAUCAUCCCCCUCUUCCGCCUCCGCAGAGCCACCUAAAGUAACUGACCAUGGUGUCGUACUACGUACGGAAGACGUCCCAUGGGUUAGUAAACAAUUAUGGGCUCCCGACGCAGCCCGUCGCAAGGGCAAAUACUACUUGUACUUCCCAGCGCGCGAUAAGAAUUCGGUAUUCCGUAUUGGCGUCGCCAGCGGCAAUACCCCUAUUGGGCCUUUCGUCCCGGAACCAGAACCUAUCCCGGGCAGUUUUAGCAUCGACCCUGCGUCUUUCGUGGACGACGAUGCGGACGAGUCUGCAUAUUUGUACUUUGGUGGCCUAUGGGGCGGACAGCUACAAUGCUAUCAGAAGGGCAACGGACCCGCGCACUUCGACGCAGCAUGGCUCGGACCAAAAGAGCCCUCAGGACCAGGGGCCAAGGCGCUGUUCCCCAAGGUAGCGAAACUGGCGGACGACAUGCGAUCGUUCGAGGGACCGGUACAGGAUCUCGUCAUUCUGGCGCCGGAAACCGGCGAGCCAAUCGACGCAGACGACCACGACCGACGGUUUUUCGAGGCUGCGUGGAUGCAUAAGCGCGGGCACGUUUACUACUUUAGCUAUUCGACAGGAGAUACGCACUACCUGGCGUACGCGACGGGGUCAAGCCCCCUCGGACCAUUCACAUACGCGGGGCGCCUGCUGGAGCCGGUGCUAGGCUGGACGACGCACCAUUCGGUGGUCGAGUUUCAGGGCCGCUGGUGGCUGUUCCACCACGACUGCGAGCUUAGCAAGGGCGUGAAUCACUUGCGGUCUGUGAAGGUGAAGGAGAUCUUUUAUGAUAGGGAUGGGAAGAUAGUAGGGGAGAAGCCUGCGGAGUGA